CGUCAGUCGUGUGUCGUCCGGGUGCACUGUGCAGGAGACAAAAGGAGAGCCAGGCCACUACCGCCCCAACAUAUCCCUUGUACCCGCACUCUCUCUCUCUUGUUGUCCCCCUCGUCUCUUCUGGCGACUGAUCACUAAUAAAGCACCCGGGGACUUUCUUCGCAGCAGGCAGCAGGCAGCAGCAGCGGCAACAACUCAUCGCCUCGUUCGUAUUCACCUACCUACUUGCGUACUAGUCUCCUCCUCGCGCAAUGUCGUACGGCCACUACCCCCCGCCCCAGCAGCAUGGCGGCCCGGCAAACUACUACCACCAACAGCCGUCUCCGCAGGCGCCGCACGACCCCUUCCGCGCAUGGUACGCCCAGCAGCUCGCCGGGCUCACGUUCAACUCGCGCCCGAUGAUCCAGAACCUCUCGAUCGAAGCCCAGAACCGCCAGCACGAGGGCAACUGGCCCGCCAUGGAGGCCAUUGUACAGGAGAUUGAGGAUGCUAUACUGAGGGCACCACCACAGGGCAAGCUUCCACUGCUGUAUCUCAUCGACUCGAUCUCCAAGAACAUUGGCCCGCCCUUCACCGACACGCUCCUCCCGCCCAUCCUGCCGCAACUAUACCUCGCUACCUACCGCCAGGUGGACGGCGUCACCAAGAGCAAGAUGGCCGACCUUGUCCGGCUGUGGCGUACCGGUGGACCGAACGGGACCGAGCUGUACCCGCCAGCCAUGCGCGAGGCUGUCGAGCGCGACAUGUUUGGCGGCUCGGCACCCCUCACCCAGCAGUCGGUGCAGACCAUGCUCAAGGAGUUCUUACGCGAAAAGGAGGAGGAGAUGAGCCGCGAGUGGACCCAGCAGCGCGGCAAGACGGUCAACACUUUGGUCAACCUCGACAAGAUCCUCACAAAUACCCGUGUGUCGGCGCGCGAGCUGGCCGACAUCAGCGACAGGAUCCAGGCGAUGAAGGGUGGACAGCCAGCUCCGGCUGCUGCUCCGGUGUUCAGCCCGACCUCGUCGUCCUAUACUCCUCGUCAGGUUGCCCCUCCGCCAGCGCCCCCUGUUCACCGCCAGCCUCCGCCCCCGCAGCCGCCUCAGCAGCAGUAUGGCGGCCAGGGACGUUGGGGUGGUAACUCGCCUUAUGGUGCUGGCGCUGGCUACCCCCCGCCUCAGCCUCAGAACUACCCGCCUCCGCCACAGCAGAACCUCGCUCCGCCACAGCCCACGCCAGCGCCGGUUGCGAUCCCCGCCAUCCCCGUCAACGUCAGCGACCUUCUCAGCAAGCUUACCAGCUCGGGCAUCUUGAGCCAGCCUCGCACCCCCGAGCCAUCGGUUGUCGCCAAGCCACAGAAGUCUGGUCUCGAGAAGUACGAGGACAUGGUGCUGGCCUUUAACAUUCAGGUCGACCACUUUGACCUCUCGCGCGUCGGCAUUCCCAUGGGCCACCUCCCCGUCCGCUGCACCCAGUGUGGUAUGCGCUUUGCUGAGAACGACGCCAAGUACCAGGCCCAUCUCGACUGGCACUUCCGCCGCAACCGCAAGGAGCGCGAGUCUGCGGGCCGUGGUGGCCACCGCCGCUGGCUCCCUCGUGCCGACGAGUGGGUCAACGACAAUGCCGAGGCUGGACCCUCUUCGCCAACAAAACCCGAGUCUGCUGCACUCCCCGAGACGCUGUCGAGCGAUAAGAUUGCCGCCCUCAAGCGCAAGUGGGUGCCUGUCCCUGCCGACCCGGUCAAGGCAGCCAAGCCGUGCCCGAUCGACAAGGAGAAGUUUGAGUCGGUGUACUCUGAGGAAGAGGAGGAGUGGGUGUUUAUGAACGCCGUGGAUGUCAACGGGACUAUCUACCACGCCACAUGUCUUGCAGAGAAGAAGGCGUCGAAUGUCGCCCAGCGAGUCCUCAAUCGCGAUGCGGCCCGCGCCUCGUCCAAGUCACCAGCACCGGGUACACCAGAACCCGAGGCGACGCCGGCGCCAUCGCCGGGCACAAAACGCAAGGCCGAAGUUGAUGACACUGAAGACGACGCCAAGCGCGUCAAGGUAGAGACGGGCGAUGAUGACGCGGUCGCGGUUGCUGAGAGCGGCCCAGAUGAGGGUAUGGACGUCGGUGACGGCGGCGCAAGUGGCGUGAAUGGCGCCGACGACGACGUCAACAUCAAGGUGGAAGUUGAAGAAGCGGCGGUGGCGGAGGCGCCCGCGCCAGCACCAGUGCAGCAAGACGCAGCAGAAGCGCUGGAGACGGUGGCGGCCGAGGUGGCCGAGCCGACCGCAGAGUAGAGUAGCAUAGUAGUAGCAGCAUAGCACGCAUCCUUGCAUAUUGUCAGCCAUGCAUAGUGAUCC